UUGAAUACUUUUAACAAGCUAGUUGGUGCUCAAGAAGAUCCUCCAAGGCUCCAAGUCCAGAGAUAGAAGUGCAACCCCUGAAAGAUAACAACAGAUAUGAAGGCCUCACUUCUUCAUGAGCUAGUUAAUGGAAUUCCUAUCUCCUCAACAUACCAGGUUGGGAAAUCAUCAAAGAGAUACUUGCCUGAUUCUUCUGGCAAAUACAGCAAGUCUAUCACAAAAUCCAAGCAAAGUAAAUUAAAUUCAGUUCUGACUAGGAUGAACAAGUUUGGGAGAAAGGCUGACAGUUUUGCAAAUGGAGUCCGAGAGCAUGUGAGACUGGGGCCAAAGAUAACAGAUACAGUAAAAGGGAAAUUAAGGUUGGGAGCCAGAAUUCUUCAGGUUGGUGGAAUGCAGAAGGCCUUUAUGCAACUGUUUAAUGUUAGAGAUGGGGAGAAGCUGUUAAAAGCAUCACAAUGCUACUUAUCAACCACAUCUGGUCCUAUUGCUGGCCUCCUCUUCAUAUCCACUGAUAAAGUUGCUUUUUGCAGUGAGAGAUCCAUCAAGAUCUCUUCCCCAAAAGGAGAAUUGAUUAGAGUCCUUUAUAAGGUCUCGAUACCCCUUAAAAAGAUAAAGUUUGUUAACCAAAGCCAAAAUGUGAAGAAGCCUUCAGAAAAGUACAUAGAAAUAGAUACUGUGGAUGGUUUCGAUUUCUGGUUUCUGGGUUUCUUAAAUUAUCACAAAGCUUUCAGAUAUAUUCAGCAAGCUAUCUCUCAAGCUUAG